AUGUCCAUACAGCUGUUCUUAUUCUCACGGCAUUCUUUUCAGCUUUUUGACAAAUUACCUCCUGCCGUUGACUACACCUUACGCAUGGAAUCCUACCAUAUUGAAGAGCUUUGCGAACACUCAAGGAAAGGCGACCUAGAAAGCAUCCGCCGUUUGUUGAACGAGCACAGAAGCGACUUUAAUAACAGACGAAUGAGGAGAGCAUUGGAAAGACCAUUGUUUACAGCAGCUACAUGUGGACACCCGGAAAUCGUUCGCUUUUUUGAGAACAAUGGAGUCAGCACUACUUGGAAAGAUAACAGUGGGUGGGCUCGGAUACAUUUCGCAGCGAGGAACGGAUAUACAGAAACUGUGAAAGUUUUGGCUAAAAAGAAAGCCAAUUUGAAUGCAAAAGGCAAAUAUAAGGUAAAGAAUUGUUGAAA